AUGCGGGAGGCAAGGGAUCUGGUCGGUGGACUCCGUAUGGAAGUAAGAGCACGGUUCAACCAUCAUAUGGAUGCCGUCCAGCACAUUAUUAUGCACCACCUCUUCAGCCCGGCAAAUUUCGAGGUGCGCACGAGCUGCCGAACAAUCACAGUCGCAGAGGACGGAGACGCUCUUCUACAGUUCUCCAUACAACUUACCAGCUGCACAAAUACGUUGAAAGAAAUUGGCUCGCUUAGCAAGUUGGAUCACCCUGAAAAUCUGAAGAAAAUUAUCAACCGGCUUCCUUUUGGCAUGAGAUUAAAAGGGUGUGAUACUGUCGACCAUAUUAUAGAGAAAGAAGGAAGAGACGUGACAAUUGAGGAUAUGACAGAAUUCGUGACUGCCAAAGCGAGAGCAGCUACCCAUACGAUUUUUGGAAAGAUUGUGAAUGAAAAUAAAGGAAAACAGGAAGACAACAAAGGAAAGCGACAAUUUGGUUCCAGAGUGAGCGGUUUCUCAACACAGGGAGUACUAGGAAAACCGAACAAGAGUAUAUGCCUGUGCAAUGCAAAUCAUUGGCUAUCACGUUGUGAUAAGUUUCGCAAACUGUCUCUUGAGGAAAGAAAGAAAUACGUGAGAGACAACAAACUGUGUUUAAAUUGCCUCACAAGUGGUCACUUUGUUCGCUCGUGUGCAAAGCAAAGUUUCUGUAAGGUAGAAGGAUGUUCAGGAAAGCACUCAACCUUUCUUCACCCAAGGUCUACUCAAACUGAUGGAGAGAACAACAGAGAAAGGACGCCUCCAAAGCAACGGUUAUGUAAAGAUUUCUUCAAAAUCAAGCCAGUUGAACAGUUCCUCGGUGACAGGUCUUGCUAUCGUUCCAGUUCGAGUGAAGGCAAAAGGAAGAUCUGAAGUGGUCGAAACAUACGCAUUCUUGGACUUGGGCUCGAACACCUCGUUUUGUACCGAAAGUCUUCUCAAGAAGCUCAAGGAUCAAGGAGAGAAGACCAAGCUAUCCUUAACAACAAUGCUUGGUGAAGGAACUCCGACAGAAUGUUCUAUGGUUAAGCUAGAAAUCUUUGAUUUAGAUAAUCAAAGUCGAGUCGAACUAGCAAAAGUGUACUCAACACCAAGUUUACCUAUUCGCUCUGACUGCAUCGGUAAACAAGAAGACAUCGACCGCUGGCCACAUCUACAAGGCAUAUCUAUCCCACAUAUCGAGGCCGAGAUCGGUCUUUUGAUUGGCAGUGAUGCUCCAGAGAUUCUGCAACCUCAGGAACACUGCUAA